UAAUAAAUUAUGUUUUUCCAGCUGUGAGCUGACAAUGGCGGAGGGAAAGGGGGAGAAAAUCCCAAUGCUGGAGAACAAAGAAACUGAACAAGAUGACACAUUAAAUGUGACAGCAGACACAUCUGAAGACAGCCCCUUAACCAGCAAUGAAGUGAUGCAGCCCCAGACAAAUGGUGGAGGUAAAGCGGCCAGUGUUAAUGUAACGGGGAAUGUGGACGAUGACCCUGAGGAUGCAGACAUCCAGGACAAAAAGCCCAGUCUUUCAGUUGAUCAAGAAGUGAUGGGUCGUAACAUGUUUUUCAAGAAGAGCAGAAAGAGAAUUGAUUACAUCCUGGCAUGGAGCACAGAGGGAAAGCCAGAGAAACUGGCACAGUCCUCAGCGGCAAGGGCGGUGUUUGAGGAAAACCUUAAACAGGAGGGCCUAGAGCUGGAAAAGGAUGAAAAAGAGGGAGAAGAAAUUCACUUUCUGAAGGUCCAUGCUCCGUAUGAAGUGCUGACACGGUACGCUGAAAUCCUCAAAGUCCGCAUGCCUGUGAAAAAGAGCAUGGACUUGGAAAAGAUCCACGAGAAGUACGCCAAACUCGAGAAAAUCCUUAUAAAGAGCGGGGUCAACGAGUUUCAUCGCCGCGUGGUGACCCCCAUUAAGGCUGUCAGUACCCGCCUGUGGGACACGAUGACCUCUUUCACAAAGAAACUAUUUACCCCUUUCCAAGUGGACACCACAAAGGUCAAGCCAGUAAAGAGAAGGUUUAAUCUGGCCUACAGUAGAGACAAGGAAUAUCUGUUUGAUAUACCAGAGGAUAAGGACACCCUCUUUGACAAUGCUACACGAAGUCGAAUCGUCAACUUCAUCUUGAGACGUAAGGCUUUCAGUAAAGAGAAAGAAAAGGCAUUCUCUUUUGGCAUUAACAAGAUGAUUGCAGAUGGACAUUACACAGAUGCAUAUCCCCUCCAUGAGGGCCAUUGGAAGGCUGGCUCAGCUGACAAUGAGAGGAAGUUAUUGUUUGAUUACUGGGCUAACUGGAGGAACUGCUUCAAAGUGCAACCACUGGACCAUGUCAGAGGCUACUUUGGAGAGAAGAUUGCCAUAUACUUUGCCUGGCUUGGCUUCUACACACAGAUGUUGAUACCAGCUUCUAUCAUCGGUCUUAUUGUGUUUAUCUAUGGUUGUGCAAUAUCUGGGGACAGUUAUCCAGCGAAUGAGAUUUGUGAUGAGAGUAAAAAUUUCACGAUGUGUCCGCUGUGUGAUUAUCAGUGUCCAUACUGGAAGCUGAGUGCAGCAUGCUCGCACGCUCGAGCGAGCAGAAUAUUUGACAAUGGUGCCACUGUGUUCUUUGCCAUCUUCAUGUCAUUUUGGGGUACUUUGUUCUUGGAGUUCUGGAAGAGGAAACAAGCUGCCUUACAGUUUAAGUGGGAUCUCACAGACUUUGUUACAGAGGAGCAACCUCCUAGACCAGAAUUCCUUGCCAAACUCGAACACAUUACAACCUACAAAGAACAUCCCAUUACAGGGAUAAAAGAGCCACAUCUUCCUUUUUGGAGGAAAAGAUUUCCUAUAUACCUCAUGUCAUGGACUGCCAUGUUGUUUCUUGCAUUUCUGGCUAUUGUGGCUGUGGUGGGGGUCAUUGCCUACCGUAUCUCCACCCUGGCUGCCCUGCAGGUCCUCACAAAGAACACCCCAGUAACCAACUCCACUUUCAUCGCUUCCACGGCAGAGGUCAUCUACCAGAAUGCCAGUCUGGUCACCACGGUUACUGCGGCCUGUAUCAACCUGCUCAUCAUUAUCAUACUUAAUUUUAUUUACAGUAAACUGGCUUUCUGGCUGACUGACUUGGAGUGCUUGCGUACCCAAAAGGAGUACGAUGAUAGUAUCACCCUCAAACUGUUCUCUCUACAGUUUGUCAACUACUACUCCUCCAUUAUCUACAUAGCUUUCUUCAAAGGGAGGUUGGUUGGACGCCCAGGAAAAUAUGCCACUUUAUUUGGAGGUCGUCAAGAAGAGUGCGAGGCUGGAGGGUGUCUCAUUGAGCUCUGUAUUCAGCUGGCUAUCAUCAUGACAGGAAAACAGCUGAUUGUCAACAACAUUGUAGAGAUUCUUAUACCGAAGUUGAUAAAGUGGAUUAAGAGGAAGAUCUGGCCAGAGACCAAGGAACAGAAAAUGAAUAAAUCUCCGUGGGAGAAGGACUACAAACUACAGCCUGCCGACACCACAUCACUGUUCUACGAGUAUCUGGAAAUGGUGCUGCAGUUUGGGUUUUUGACCCUCUUUGUUGCGGCCUUCCCACUCGGACCUCUCUUUGCCCUGAUUAACAAUAUUCUGGAGAUUCGAUUUGAUGCUGUCAAGUUCACCACACAGCUAAGGAGGCCCAUGGCUGAGAGGAUUCCAGAUAUAGGUAUUUGGUACAGUGUUUUAUAUGGAAUCUCUAGGAUUGCCAUUAUUUCAAAUGCUUUUAUCAUUGCUCUGACGUCGGAUUUCAUCCCUCGUCUCGUGUACGAGACAUCGUACAGUCCUACAGGAGGUCUGGAGGGAUACGUUAGCCAGACGCUUUCUGUAUUCAACACCUCAGAUUUUAGCGAAUCUCAUCGCCCAGCCUUUCCCGGCAGUGAAAAUGUCGAAACUUGCUUCUACAGAGAUUUUCGAAAUCCCCCUGAUGCAGACAAGCCGUAUGAAUACUCACAAAUGUACUGGCAUAUCCUGGCGGCUAGGUUCGCGUUUGUGGUGGCAUUUGAGAAUGUCAUUGUUGUUAUAACUGGCCUGAUAGCUUGGUUAAUACCGGACGUCCCAGAGAAACUCAAGUUGCACAUUCGCAGGGAGGCGUACAUGAGUAACGAAAUCAUCAUUAAGACCGAGCUCCUCCGAGCUAAAGGGGAACCCAUUACCGAGGGGGAGAUCGAGAAGAUUAUCGAGGAUGAAAAUCAGCGAUAUAAAACAAACGAAAUGGGAAGCAUGGAGCUGGUCCAUCGAAAAUCAGGAUCCCCAGAGACAGGGGAUAGUAAUGUUGUUUAGCAAAUAAUUCCUCUUAGAGUAAUUUUAAAUUACGUUUGUGUAGAAACAUUGGCAGUGCAUUAUUGUUUAGAACUGAGCUGAAUGACACAACUAACUUUAUGGAAGAGAUUUUGGACUACUUUCAUCACUUGAUGGUGACUUUAUGAAAAAAAAGUUUGCUCAUGUUUGUAUUUUUAAGAUUUAAGGUUGUACAUUUACAUUUGAAUGCAGCAUUUUUACCCUAUUAUUAGAAUUUCUUUUGGAAAAAUUUUCCUAGUAAUGCCUAUUAUAAAUUUCCUUUCUCUCAAAUUACAUUCUAAUAAUUUCCAGUCCAAAUACAAGUCCUUAUCUCAAGUGUUCAUGGGAUCACACACACAGUUAUAAGCCUUAAUAUCUCAAUCUCAGUGAGACGGACAAAAUAUCUUUGAGAUAUCCAAGUGUUCAAGACAAUGCGGUUCAAGGGUAUCCCAUGUUUAAACGUAUGUUAGACCAAAACCUUCCCCCACAUAGUCUUUCUAUUUAUCUACAUGUAUUACCAUUAAUUAACAUGUGUAUAUUUUAUCAUGUAAUUUUUCGAAGGCAUGUAUACCUUGGAGUAACAAGGCAUUGUGUUUCAAUAUCAUUUUUGAUGAACCAUGGUUCUAUACCUUGAACCUUUUAAUGGUUUUUAUCUUAGUGAAAUCUGUGUUUUUGGAAUGUGUUGUGAUUUGCAUUUGUUGUCAAUUUCCAAGGUUUAUGUAUUAUGCUGUCCUGUUGAUUUUGCAUAAGUUUACUAUUCAUUCUUUUAUACCAUGUUUUUUUAAUUUUUGUUCAGCAUUUUUUUAAUAGCAACUCAUGGCAAUUUCCCAAAGCACAUUUAAUUUUUUUCGUGUUUAGUUUUCUAGUACUGACAUUUGCAUGCUUGAGUAGAUGAGAGGAAAAGUUGAACUGCUGGAAAAGAGAAUCUCAUUUCUUGACAUUUUUACAUGCUUUGUGAUGAGACGAUAUACUCGAUGAUUGUUUUAAGCAGAAUUGAUUGGGUUUUUUUCAUCACAUUUAAAACGGUUACAAAGUGUAAAAGUGAAUAAGCCUGGAAUAAUAUACAAUGUAUUAUGUUUACUAAGUGUCAAAUUUACAUAUAAUUUCAUGUUAACAUUUUCAUAUUUAUGUAUCUUGUUACGUAGUACAUAAUCAUACUGAUAUUUUUCAAAUAUGGAUUAUAUUAAUUGUACUAAAUUUAUUACAAGUGUACUUAACAAUAUUUUAAUGUUGAUCUUGCUUUUGUUUGAACAAAUCAUUUCUUGGCUGAUGAAGAGGACCGGGCUUGAAAUUGAUGAUUUUAAUUCCUGCCUCAGUAAUUGUAAGAAAAAAAAUUAUCGUUCUCUUGAGAAAUUUACUGUAAAGAAAAGUUUGUUCACAUGGGCAAAAAACUGUGUAGUAUAUAUGGAACAAUUUUGCAUAGAUAGCUUUGCCUUGUGAUUUAAAGAAAUGCAAAAAAAAAGUGCAAUAGGUUGUAUUUUUUUGUUUUUUACCUCCAUUCGUGACCCAUCAAGGGAGUUUAAGAGAAUUAUGUAAUAUAUAUGUACACAUAUACAUGUAUAUGAAAAUUUAGUUCGUCUCCCCCCCCCCCCCCCCCCCAAUAUUUUGUCACACUGUGUAACUCUUGUAUUCUCUCCACUUCUCAAAUACAAUACUGUCAAUAUUGUUAUGUUGUUGUGACUCUCUCUGCAAUACAAAUGUACUUGCAAGUUGAUUAAAGCUCAAAGGUGAUUGUCUUACAGCAUUCAAUACUUUCUUUAAAAACAUACGGGUCAUUUUGUAUACUGCACGUUUCCUUCGGCUUCUUGAUGGUGCUAGUCAUGUUGCUGCCCUUUUUUAUUGCCAGAAAUUCAUACCAUUUUCUACUGUA